GCUUUGUCUGCGUCUGCACGAGAAUGAGGUAAGAGAGACCCGCGGAAGGGCAGAGACCGCGCACCGGCGGAACGCGCACUCAGGACAGCCCGCGGGCGAGCCGAGCUUACCUCUGCCAGCGGAGCUCCUCGGUGGCCGGAAAUGCACCAUUCCGUGAGUCCGGAAGCCGCGUCCCCUACAAGUCACGUGAAACUUGAGCUGGGGAAGUCCCUUAGGCUGUCCGCAGAUGCCAGCUCUUCAUCCAGUAAGGAUGGCGGCACUGGAGAGUCCCCAUUGGAGCGGAAGGAGAAGACGGACUUGAGAUCUGAGUCGGAGUCGGAUUCCAGAUCGGGGGAAGAGGAGAAAGAGGAUAAGAUAAAGGCGGAGACACUCCAACCGAAGGAAAGCCCUGGCUUUCAGAUUAACCUAUCGUCACAGAAGGUAAAGCGCUGGACAGCAAAAAAGGAAAACAGACUGUACCAGUUCAUCAUAGACAUCAUCAUGAUGAGUCGAGUGUGCAAGAUGUUCCGUCAAGGCCUCAGGGGAUUCCGGGAAUAUCAGAUCGUUGAGCCUGUUCACAAGAGGCAUCCAAUCUUCUCAUUCUGGGAUAAAAAGAAGCAAGGCCGCAUCUCGUUUGAUACUGAAGACUUCGCUGCAGAGGAGGGUCACUUCCCUCCGAGGGCCAUUUCUAUCACACAGAAGCAGCCAUCCUGGAGGACCAACCAGGAGAUCCAAGACCUCUGCAAUAUCCUGCAGGCUCUAGACUGCUACCGCAACUACACAGAGUCUUUACAGCUGCUCCUGGCCAAGGUCAUGCGCUUUGAAAGGUUUGGUCGCCGGCGUGUAAUUGUCAAGAAGGGGCAGAGAGGCAAUAGCUUUUAUUUCAUCUACCUGGGCACGGUGGCUGUGACGGAGGAUGAGGACGGGAGCAGUGCUUUCCUGGACCCUCACCCAACACUGCUGAGCAGGGGUGGCUGCUUUGGGGAAAUGGGCCUUCUGAGCACCGCAGUAAGGAGGGCCACGGUGGUCUGCAUGGAGGAGACAGAGUUCCUGGUGGUGGAUAGAGAGGAUUUCCUUGCAAAUAAGCUGGGUGAUGAAGUUCAGAAGGAAACUCAGUAUCGGUACAAUUUUUUUAGGAAGUUGGACAUGUUCCAGUCUUGGUCUGAGGAGAAGCUCUGGAAGCUGGUGUCUUUGGGAAGGAUAGAGAAGUUUGCAUAUGGACAGAUGGUGUCUAAAGACUUUACGAAUUCGGCAUUUAUCACAUUUAUCUGCAAGGGCAGCUGUGAGAUCCUGCGAAUGGUAGCCCUGGGGGACUGUCGUGCCUAUUACAAGUGGGUCUGGCAGCAACUGGAGCUGUUGGACCACAAGCCUCUGAGAGUUCACAACAGUGAAAUAUCUCCAAAGGAAAGAUUUAAGGAAUUUCAGAUCAAAUCCUAUCCUCUACAAGACUUCACUUAUUUAAAACUUCUACGUCUCCAGAAAGCCAGAGAGCAACAGGGAAUACUCGUCCACAGGAAGCCCAACAAAGCAGAAAAUAAUCUCCCCAAGUUGCUGGGCCCAAAGAUCAAAUCCAAGUAUGGCCAUCCAGUCAAAUGUUCCAUGAUCAACACCAAGUUUGGUGAACUCCCCAAGGAGGCCAUGGUGGGGGUCUACAUGAAGGUCCACAAGAUGGAGGACGGAGAGGUGGUGGGCCUCCACGAGGCCUUUCUUCCAGAAAUCCAGCGUGAUCCUCGGCCCUUCAUCCUUCUGAGCCUGGGAUCAGAGUUGAUACGAGUAAGAAAAGAGAAGUUUUAUGACAUGGCUGACGAGGAGACGAAAGCAAAGAUAAUAAAGAUGGACGCGGACUAUCCCAGUGACGAAGACCUGUGUCAGAGGUUCCUGGAGGAAAACGACUGGAAUAUCUUUCGAAAGGAUCUGAUGCGGUUACUGGUGAAGCCGCUCAACAAGCAGCCAUUCACCCCGGCCCAGACCAAGAAGAAAGAGAUCUACAACCCUAAGUCUCUGUUCCUGGAUUUGUGUAGCCUUGAGAAGAAGGUGAAACUUCACCAUCCUGUUUUCCUGGCGCCCCAGAAAUACCUGCCCCCCUUGAAGAUUGUCCAGGCCAUCUCAGCACCCCGGCACAAAAUCCAAGAACUUCUGCCUCAGUACAAAAAUGCAGGCGUCCUUGUUUAGGACAAAUAAAGUACGUUCAGAUGA